AACCUUCAAAUACUUUGCAGAAGCCCACUAUAGGCCAGACAUCAUGGGGUCUAACUAAACAAAUUGUACUGGUGUCACCUUGUUGGGACACAACCACAUUUCACAUUUAGCUGUGGGGGUUUUAUCAACAUGACCACAUAAAAUCACAAACAGUUCUUACUACUUGUACCUCAUGUCUUUUCCAUCUCCCUAUAUAAAACUACACCCUCCACUCAUGUUUGGUAUCUAAUGACCUUUAUACAAUGGGGACAAGUAAAUUGGUUCCAUGUGGUUCCACUUGGAAUCUCCCAGUGACAAGUCACCCUGCUAACCCAGGAGUAAAGUCCCUAGUACUGUAGAUACCUUUACAUUUGCCAUACUUUAAUUUCUUUGUAGGGAGAAAAUGGGGUGUUUGUGGUGAUUUUAGGUUUGGGGUAUUAUGCUAUAUUCACAUACUGUACACUAAUGAAACUGCUGGUUUUAUAUUCGCGGUGAAUCAGUCACUGCAAAAGGCCGUGAACAUAGAAACUGCAGUGAAAAUUUGAAGAACUACAGUAAGUUGGCUGGCUGAGACAUUCAGUCCAAGUGGCUGGGUGCAGAGUGUGCAAGUGUAGGCUCCUUCCCAGUCUGCUUUCCUGAACAGUUUAUUCAAUGCCAUCAGGGACUCAACAAGGUUCACAGUCUCCUGGCCGGGUAAACCUGAGGAUUUUUGAUGGACUGAGCCAGACUCUGGCAGGGCAGUCUCACUAUAAACAGCAGGACUUCCCAAUUCUCUGCGGCCCAGACAACCACAGCUGCCAUCUAUCAACACUAGAGGGACCCUGUCCAACUCAAGUUGAUCGCCUUUCCUGCAUUUUGAGUUUCCAUCUCUGCGGGCCGGUCAGCUGUGGCAAAGAUGGCCUUUACCUUGGUGCUGUGUGUAGUUUUCUUCAUCCACGUGUGUUCGGCACAGCCUGAACUUCAACUCCCUUCUACACCGUGCAACGCCAGCCUUCUAGAGUGGGGUCAUGCUGAAUGUGCCAUAGACCCAGACUGUAUCUACAGACUAACACCGCCAAGGAUUGAGCUGGAGAACACCCCUGCAAACUACAAGUUGCUACAGGCCGACCGGGAACUGAAGAGGCUCCAGAGGCUGAUCAGUCAGCUGAAGGUGACCUUGAUUCAGUCAGGUGUGCUGGAUUUUCAGCUGUUCCCGCUUAUCCGAAGCACUGAGAUCAACAUGAAGGUCGCCAGGAAGUCAAUGUCCGAUGCUAUUGGGGGUAACAGGAAGCUAGAGUACACGUCAGAGCAUGCAGCGAAGACCGUAGAGGAGACAGCAGAGAUCGAGUUCCAGGAGAUGCAGGGGAUGGUGGAGGACCUGCUCAUCUGGUGUAACGUCUGUCCCAAGGACGAGAACAAGGACAGGGUGGACGACGAACUCGGCACGCUCAUCUACGCCGAACCCUCACAAUGGGUCGAGAGCGUGCUGGACUCUCUCUUGUAGGCUCUUGCUGUCAUGAACGCUACUGAUUGGUGCUACAUUGCAUUUUGUAUGUGUAGUAACUGGUGAAAGGAAAAGCAUCACACUUCAGCGAAGUAUGGCUGCUUUAUCAUUUAUGGCUAUGUCAGGUCACCUGUGUACUUUUAUCUCUCUCAUUGUUGGGGUCAUGGGCACUACUUAUUGGGAACACAUUGUAUUGAUGUUGUGGUAUACUACAAAUGUACAUUUAUGUAUAUUGGUAUCAGGACAGUUUGGCUCCUCGCCAAUCAGGACAAAUCAGCACAAGGUCUAGGACAACUUGGGUUGGGUUAUGGUUAAAGGGUUGAGUUAGGAUAAGACAGUCUAUGGCGAAACAUCUACAAAUGCCAUGUGCCGAAUUCCAGAUUGGCUGGGGGCCAAACUGUACAGAUGCCGAAACCUCUGACAUUCAAAUUGUGCUACUUGUAAAUGUGAACAUCCUUAAUUUUGCCUAAAUAAUACUUUUUUUCCUAUUGCUACUGUUAAUAUAUAUUGUUAAACUACUUACAUUUUAGGCUAAAGAUGAUGUGCUGGAUGUACAGGGUUGUUUUCCUUGAUGUAUUAUGAUGAUCAAGAAGCUCUUUUGGCCAACAUUUGGCUGAUCCUUGAAAAUUCACUUUAAAUUUUAGCUAAAACUACUGGUAA